AUGGCAGGAAUUCCAGAUCAAUUGAAAGCCGUCUUAUCCGAAGUCGACAAGAACACCAAGUCAAUUGGAAUUUUAAACCAAUUUCAAGCUCAAACAGGUUUGCCAAGAUCAUAUGCUGUUUUGGGUGCUUUUGGUCUCUACUUUAUUCUCAUUUUCUUGAACAUUGGUGGAGUUGGUCAACUUUUAUCCAACAUUGCCGGUUUUGUUGUUCCAGGAUACUACUCAAUUUUGGCUUUACAAACAACCACAUCCAAAGAUGACACUCAAUUGUUAACAUACUGGGUUGUUUUUGCCUUUUUCAAUGUGAUUGAGUUUUGGUCCAAGGCCAUUUUGUACUGGGUGCCUUUCUACUACUUGUUCAAAACUGUCUUUUUGUUGUACAUUGGUAUUCCAAGCUUUGGAGGUGCUAAUGUGGUUUACAAUGUUGUCAUCAAGCCAAUUGCUGACAAGUAUGUGCGUCCAGUCCACGAAAGUGAUGUUGCCAGCAAAAUCAAUGAGCAUGCUGAAGGUGUGUCAACUUCUGUUCACAUCUAG